AUGAAUCGGCUCGCGCGUGUCGCUGCAGACUCGGUCGGCGCCUCUCGAUGCGUUGCUAUCAAGAAGUACCCUGACGGCAUGUACAAUAAAGCAUUCCUCAUGUCCAUGGAUGAUGGCAGAGAAGUCGUAGCCAAGGUUCCCAACCCGAAUGCUGGUGCUCCACACUUUACUACGGCUAGUGAAGUCGCUACAAUGGACUUCGCCAGAAGAGUCCUUGAGACACCGGUACCUCGCGUGUAUUCAUGGAACUCGCAAGCCGAAUCGCACCCUGUUGGGGCUGAAUUCAUUAUCAUGGAUAAAGCUGAGGGUGUCCCGCUGUCUCAAAUCUGGGGCACCUUAGCACUACCCCAGAAGCUAGAAGUGCUUCUUGCCAUGACACAUCUCCAGAAGAAAUGGCUGAGCGUAUCGUUCUCACAUUACGGCAGCUUGUACUACACAGGAGACAUGCCGCCACCAGCAGGUAACCACUACAUCAAGGAUGGUAAGGUCAUCAGGGAUUCAGAAUUUGCUAUUGGUCCGGCUACAGGCCGGGAUUGGUUUGAUGCAGGUCGGUCGGUACUGGGCAUUGAGAAAGGGCCAUGGGCUUCUCUAACGCAACAUCUACAAACAGUCAGAACGCGAGAGGUCAAAGCAAUUCAGUCUUUGAAACCGCCAAAACAGAUUGCCUUAUUUUGUGGUCCAAAGCUCUAUCGCCCUGAUAAAGAAAAGAAGACAACUGCUCUAGAAUGGUACCAACAGGUUGUCGAUGCCCUUAUCCCCCAAGACACUGCCAUAACCAGACCCUGCCUCUGGCAUAAUGACCUGCAUGAUGACAACGUCUUUGUUGACCCACGUGAUCCCGAAAAGAUUUCGGGUAUCAUCGACUGGCAGUCUUGUCCCAUCUCCCCCCUCUUCAACCACAACCCCGAUCCAGCCUUCCUCGACUGGGAUGGCCUUGAGCCUGAGACGCUAGAUUUAGCACCAAUGCCCAGACUCUCUGGGCUUUCCCCAGAAGAACGGUCUGCGGCUGUACACGAGUAUACCAUGCAAAACGUGUUAAUUGCAUGGCGGAAGCUCAUGCUUUCCAAGAACCCAGACCUAUAUCGAGCAGUCGAAUUCCGAAAGACGGCAGCGUACGGAUUGAUGUUUCUCGCUCACCGGAUGUUCGAGUAUGGCGAAGCGCAUUUCCAAUCGCUUAUGGUCGAUCUGAAGGACACAUGGGCGGAUUUACCUGCAGUGACCAACGAUAUCCCCUUCCCAUAUGAUUUCUCCGAAGAAGAUCUCGAACGUAUCAAACUUGACAGCGAUAGUGCAGUAGCAGGAACUGAGCUUGUUGCAGAGGUCAAAGAGAGGAUGGGCGAUUUGUGGCCAGACAAAGGCUUCAUCGAGCACGAGCAAUACGACGAAUGUAAAGCUGCGCUCCAUGAAAUUAAGGCACAGAUACUGGAACAAUUGGCUGAGACUGACGAGGAGAGAGCCGAAUAUGAACGUUAUUGGCCGUUUCAAUGA